GCGGGGCCCAUAUUCGCGUCUCCGACUGGAGCGACGCGUCUGCACCAGUGCUCCAACAGCCUCAGCAUCGCCGAGAGCCCAGAUGCCGUCGCAAUGCCUAGAGAAAUAAUUACGAUCCAAGCCGGCCAGUGCGGCAACAGCAUCGGCAGUCAAUUCUGGCAGCAGCUUUGCCAGGAGCAUGGAAUCAGCCAAGACGGGAACCUCGAGGAGUUUGCAACCGAAGGCGGCGAUCGCAAAGAUGUCUUUUACUACCAGAGCGACGACACGCGGUACAUCCCUAGGGCCAUCCUCAUCGACCUCGAGCCACGGGUUAUCCAUGGGAUACAAACGGGCCCGUAUCGCAACAUUUACAACCCCGAGAACUUCUACGUCGGCAAGAGCGGUGUUGGGGCAGGCAACAACUGGGGCGAUGGGUACCAAACCGGAGAGUCGGUGCAUGAAGAGAUCAUGGAGAUGAUCGACCGGGAAGCGGACGGUAGUGACUCCCUCGAAGGCUUCAUGAUGCUGCACUCUAUCGCCGGAGGUACAGGGUCCGGUCUGGGAUCGUUCCUCCUCGAGAGGCUAAACGACCGCUUCCCCAAAAAGAUCAUCCAGACGUACUCGGUCUUCCCGGAUACCACCAACUCCGGCGACGUCGUCGUCCACCCUUACAACAGCAUGCUGACCAUGAGGCGGCUCACCCAAAACGCCGACUCGGUCGUUGUCCUCGACAACGGAGCUCUCGCGCACAUUGCCGCCGAUAGACUCCAUAUCCAGGAGCCAUCCUUCCAGCAGACCAACCAACUUGUAUCGACAGUUAUGUCAGCCAGCACCACCACCCUACGAUACCCCGGCUAUAUGCACAAUGACCUCGUCAGCAUCCUGGCGUCGCUGAUUCCCACUCCGCGGUGCCACUUCCUGAUGACCGCGUACACGCCCUUCACAGGCGACCAGGUUGAGCAGGCCAAGACAGUCCGCAAGACCACGGUGCUAGACGUGAUGCGGCGGCUGUUGCAGCCCAAGAACCGCAUGGUGUCUACGGUUCCGGGGAAGAAGAGCUGUUACAUCUCCAUCCUGAACGUCAUUCAGGGCGAAGUCGAUCCGACAGACGUACACAAGAGCUUGCUGCGCAUCCGCGAGCGUCGUCUCGCCACGUUCAUCCCGUGGGGUCCAGCCAGCAUCCAGGUGGCGCUGACGAAGAGGAGCCCCUACAUCCCGAUGGCCCACCGCGUGAGCGGACUCAUGCUGGCCAACCAUACCAGCAUUGCCACGCUCUUCAAGCGCAUCUUCAGACAAUACGAAGGCAUGCGGAAGCGCAACGCCUUCCUAGAGGGCUACAAGAGGACGGCCCCGUUCGCCGACAACCUCAGCGAGUUCGACGAGGCGAAGGAGGUGGUUGCGGACCUCAUCGCCGAGUACGAGGCGGCUGAGGAUGCCAACUAUCUUAACCCCGACCUGGGCGAGCAGGCAACGUCGGCCGAUACUGACAAGAGAAUGGGGUGAACAUGUAUGUUUCAACUGGUGGCGUAGGUAACUGGGGAUUGUCGCCUGCCUGUCUUGGGAGGCACUCGGCACGCUACUGGCACGGGACACGACGGUAUGGCAUUGGCGUUCAGGAGCAGGGGGCGGCGGAUGGACAGGCUCGCAUGCAUCUAUUAUCACUCAUAUAUCCGCCCUGUAUUUCGAGGCGCGUCCCGCGCCUGCCGUGGGAACGACACUGAAGCAGGCGUGCCCUAGGGCAGUGUUUCUUCACCGGAGGGGAUUAGGUUACGCUGAAUUGGCCCUGGUUCCGUGGGCAGCCCAUCCAUUU